AUGGAACGCUCUCAGCCGACCUCCGGAAGGUCGCCCGCCGCCGCCGCCGCCGCCGCCAGGGGGCGUGACCUGCGCGACAUUGCCCCCCCCCGCGACCAUUGGUCAUCGCGUGCCGCGCUGCAUGCACCAACUGGUGCUGCGUUGGUGCGCCGGACAAAUUCCCUCGUCAUUUGGCGCCACCGCUGCCCGCACCGCCAGGCGUCCGAGGGCCCGCCCUUCGACCUGCAGCCGGACGCUGACCUGACAGGCGCCACCUCGCACCUGCACGAGGCCUUCCCCGCCUACGCGCCCGACCAGCUGCAGCGGCCGCACAGAUACCACUACGAGGACCACCUGCACCCCGGCGGCCAGUUCUACGGGUCGCCGCACCUGCGCGAUGACUACAAGCCGGUGGUGGGCGAGCGCGCGCCGGUGGUGCGCCACGAGGACCACCUCAAGCUGGAGGGCGAGUUCAGCCCGCAGCGGCGCGACGAGUUCACGGCGACGCGCGGCGAGCGCGCGGAGGUGGUGCGCCACGAGGACCACCUCCGCCUGGAGGGAGACUUCGAGGGCAAGCGGCGGGAGGAGUUCGUUGUCACCACCGGCGACCGCGCCCCCAUCAAGAAGCCCGUCGACAACCUCCGGCCUGAGGGGCACUUCGAGGCCAGCCCCAGGUCCCGCGAGGACUUCCAGCCGACGCGCGGCGAGCGCGCGGACGUCAAGAAGCCCAGGGACAACCUCAAGCCGGAAGGAGAGUUCGACCGGCCCGAGAAGGACAAGUACUCGCCGGGGGAGCGGCCUGGGAUCGUCAAGCACCCCGACAACCUCAAGCUCGAAGGCGGAUUCGAGCGGCCCGAGCAGAGCAAGGUCGGGCCCGGUGAGCGAGCUCCCAUUAAGAAGCCCCAGGACAACUUGAGGCCCGAGGGCGAUUUCGAGCGGCCCAAACCUAACGAGUACUCGCCAGGAGAGAGGCCUGGGAUCGUGAAGCACCCCGACAACUUGAAACUCGAGGGAGGAUUCGAUAGACCGGAACCUCAAAGGGUGGGACCUGGUGAUAGAGCGCCUGUGAAAAAGCCGCAAGACAACUUACGACCGGAAGGAGACUUCGAACGACCGAAGCAGAACGAGUAUAGGCCAGGGGAACGACCCGGGAUCGUGAAGCACCCAGAUAACUUGAAGUUGGAAGGCGGCUUCGAAAGGCCUGAGCCCACCAAAGUCGGUCCCGGUGACCGAGCGCCGAUUAAGAAGCCUCAAGACAACUUGAGACCCGAAGGAGAAUUCGAACGACCGAGACCCAACGAAUAUUCUCCCGGAGAGAGACCGGGCAUCGUAAAACAUCCUGACAACCUGAAACUCGAAGGAGGCUUCGACAGACCUGAGCCUCAGAAGGUGGGUCCCGGUGACAGAGCCCCGGUGAAGAAACCGAAAGACAAUCUGCGACCGGAAGGAGAUUUCGAUCGACCGAAACCGAACGAAUACUCUCCGGGAGAGCGAGCGCCGAUCGUCAAACACCCCGACAACCUCAAACUCGAGGGCGGAUUCGAGCGGCCGGAGCCAACCAAGGUCGGCCCCGGAGAACGAGCGGAAGUGAAGAAGCCGAAAGACAACCUGAAGCCCGAGGGCGACUUCGAGGGCAGCCCUCGCUCCAAAGACGACUUCAAGCCGACGCGCGGCGAGCGCGCGCCCGUGCGGAAACCAGAGGACAACCUGAAGCCCGAGGGCGACUUCAUCGGCCAGCGCAAAGACGAGUACACGGUGGUGCGCGGCGAGCGGGCGGAGGUGGUGCGCCACGAGGACCACCUGCGCAUGGAAGGGGAGUUCAUGGGGCAGAGCGUGCAGAAGCAAGAGUUCACGGUGGUGCGCGGCGAGCGGGCGGAGGUGCGACGCCAUGAGGACCAUCUCAAGCAGGAGGGCGAGUUCAUCGCGGAGACGACGGCGCAGUCGGUGUUCACGGGCGAGCGCGCGGAGCGGCCGCCGCUCAUCCGGCGCAACACGUGGACCAAGCUGGACGGCGACUUCGUCUCCGAGACCACCAGCCGCAGCGAGUUCCGCGACCACCACGUGGUGGAGCGCACGGAGACGGGGACCUCCCGCGCGAAAGAGGACUUCAAGCCGCUGACGACGCCCGAGCGGCCUGCCAUCAAGCGCCACCCGGACAACCUGCGGCCCGAGGGCGACUUCGUGGACGCGCGCCCCAACCGCGACGACUUCCCCGAGCGCUGGGCCGUGCGCCCGGAGAAGCCCUAUAAGGCCGUCGACAACCUCACCACCGUCAAGGGCGAGUUCCACGGGGCCUCCAGCUCCAAAGAAGACUUCCGCGCGCACCAGGUCACCUCCCGCACGGAGAUCAAGCGCCAUCAGGACAAUCUCACCACCGAAGGCGUCAUGAACUUCGAGGUGUCCUCGCAGCAGGACUACACGGAGAAGCUGGGCGUCCGCGAGACGCCCGUGCGGCGACGCACCUGGACCAAACUGGACGGCGAGCGCUUCUUCGAGACCACCAGCUCGGAAGAGUUCAAGCAGUACCGCGUCACGGAGGAGGACGUUCGGACGCUGCAGAAGAGGUACGAAGACAACCUGCGCAUCGAGGGCCCGUUCGAAGGCACCCCGCGCUCCAGAGACGACUACCAACCGACCGUAGGCGAACGAGCGCCUGUCAAGAAGCCCCAGGACAACCUCAAGCCGGAGGGCGACUUCCAAGGCACGCCGAGGUCCAAGGACGACUUCAAGCCCACGCGCGGCGAAAGGGCGGACGUCAAGAAGCCCAAGGACAACCUCAGGCCGGAGGGCAACUUCGAAGGACGCCCAAAGGACGAUUUCAAGCCUUCGAAGGGUGACAGGGCGCCGGUGAAGAAACCUAAAGACAACCUCAAACCGGAAGGAGAAUUCGAGAAACGUCAGCCUACGAAGUAUUCACCUGGUGAGAGAGCUGACGUGAAGAAGCCGGCAGACAACCUUCGACCCGAAGGAGACUUCGAGCGGCCAGAACGCCAAAAGUACUCUCCUGGGCAGAGGCCCGACGCGGUGAAACAUCCGGACAACUUGAAGCUCGAAGGUGACUUCGAGAGACCCACGCCCACAAAAGUGGGGCCAGGGGAGAGGGCGCCAGUAAAGAAACCGAAGGAUAACCUUUUCCCCGAAGGAGACUUUGAGAAACCAAUUCAAGCCGAAUAUUAUCCAGGAGAACGAGCGGAGAUAGUCAAGCAUCCAGAUAAUUUGCGAUUAGAAGGAAACUUCGAGCGACCGCAACCCCAGAAGGUGGGUCCAGGGGACCGUGCUCCAGUUAAGAAGCCGAAAGACAACUUACGGCCGGAAGGAGACUUUGAAAGACCAGAGAAACAACCGUAUGGUCCUGGAGACAGAGCAGACAUAAUUAAACAUCCGGAUAACCUCAGGCUGGAAGGAGACUUUGAUAGACCUGAGAAGCCGCGUGUGGGCCCUGGCGAGAGAGCCCCAGUGAAGAAACCACAAGAUAAUCUGAGGCCUGAAGGCGAUUUUGAAGGUACGCCAAGAUCACGGGACGACUAUCGACCAACCCGUGGAGAUAGAGCCGAUGUUAGGAGACCAGAAGACAAUCUCAAACCUGAAGGAGUGUUUGAAGGCAAACCACGAUCACGGGACGACUUCCAGCCAACUAUCGGCGACCGUGCAGAUGUCAAGAAACCUGUUGAUAAUCUCUUCCCUGAGGGUCACUUCGAAGGCUCUCCUCGUUCCAGGGACGAUUUCAAACCUGUUAAAGGAGAACGGGCAGAUGUUAGAAAGCCGAAAGAUAACUUGUAUCCAGAAGGCGAAUUCGAGAAACGUACACCGCAGAAGGUAGGACCUGGCGAACGGGCACCAGUGAAAAAGCCCAAAGAUAAUCUAAGACCAGAAGGAGAUUUUGAUCGCCCUGAGCGCCCCGAUUACAGGCCAGGCGAGCGACCAGACAUCGUAAGACACCCAGACAACCUGCGUUUGGAAGGAGACUUCGAGCGACCGGAACCUCAGAAGGUAGGACCCGGAGAGCGUGCUCCAGUGAAGAAGCCACAAGACAACCUCAGGCCAGAAGGAGACUUCGAAGGAACCCCACGAUCUCGAGACGACUUCAAACCGACUCGAGGAGAUCGAGCUGACGUUAAGCGUCCGGAAGACAACCUUCGCCCGGAAGGACCAUUCGAAGGUACUCCUAGGUCUCGAGACGAUUACAAACCAACUCGCGGAGACCGCGCCGACGUCAAGAAACCUAAAGACAAUCUACGCCCCGAGGGUGAGUUCGAAGGCACACCGAGGUCACGUGACGACUUCCAGCCGACUCGCGGAGAGCGAGCGGAUGUUAAGAGGCCAAAAGACAAUCUCCGACCCGAAGGCGAAUUCGAGAGACCUGUGCCUCAACGAUACGGACCCGGAGAGAGACCGGAGAGCAUUCGCCACCCAGACAACCUUAAACUUGAAGGAGAUUUCGAACGACCUGAGAAGCCUAAAGUGGGUCCGGGCGAUAGAGCACCUGUUAAAAAACCGAAAGACAAUCUCAGACCAGAAGGAGAGUUCGAGAGGCCGGAGAAGCAGCCAUAUGGUCCAGGGGACAGAGCUGAUAUUGUGCGACACCCAGAUAAUUUGCGUCUAGAAGGAGAUUUCGAUCGCCCGGAGAAGCAGAGAGUUGGCCCAGGCGAGCGCGCUCCAGUCAAAAAGCCUCAAGACAACUUGCGGCCGGAAGGUGAUUUUGAGGGAACACCACGCUCCAGGGAUGACUACAAACCGACACGAGGUGAUCGCGCAGAUGUCAAACGCCCCGAGGAUAAUCUUCGACCCGAAGGUCCCUUUGAAGGCACUCCAAGGUCCAGAGACGACUACAAACCGACAAGAGGAGAUCGCGCCGACGUCAAGAAACCCCAGGACAACCUCCGGCCGGAGGGUCAAUUCGAAGGCACGCCCAGAUCACGUGAUGACUUCCAACCAACGCGCGGUGAACGAGCCGAUGUUAAGAAGCCCAAGGACAACCUCUACCCAGAAGGAGAAUUCGAGAAACGAACUCCGCAGAAAGUGUUGCCAGGCGAACGUGCUCCGGCGAGUUUGAUCGACCCGAACGCCCCGGUUACAGUCCAGGUGAAAGGCCGCAAGUAG